AAUCAUAUUUGUUGUUCAGCGACUCAGCGGGGAGCUGCGUGUAAUUGACCGGCAGGGCUGCUUGCUUGCGGGGGUCUCUUCGGUUCAUCCUGACUGCUGCUGUUGCUUAUGGAUAUUCGUAGCUUCAAGACGAGGCAGUGAGCCAGUAUUUGGUCACAGAAUGGUUUUAAGAAAAAGACUAAAAUGGUGCCUUUGUAGCGGGAGUAUUAAUGUUGCUGGUGCCUUGUAGCUGUAGUGAAAGUUAGCUUAUGAGUAGCAUAACGUUAGCCGAGGAGCUAAUGCUAGGCCUUCCGUUUUCUUUUGGCUUGUCAGGGCAUUUCAUUGUUUUCUUCCUAUCUUUGUAAGGCGGGGUUUUGUAGCUUCUUUGUUUGCUAUCGUUUGCCGAUUUUUUUUUCAUUUGCUUCCUGUGGUUAAAAAAAAAAAAAGUCACUGAAAUGAAGAGAGUGAACAGCUUUCAGAGGUUUAUGAACAGACGGGCUUCUGCUAACUGCCGCUACCAGCCCACCUGCUAUGAGCAUGCUGCAAACUGCUACACUCAUGCGCUCCUCAUCGUGCCGGCCUUCGUGGGCAUGACGUUGCUGCACCGUCUGUCGGACAACAACUGGGAGAAGAUCACAGCCUGGGUAUACGGCAUGGGGCUGUGUGCCCUCUUCCUGGUCUCCACUGUGUUUCAUAUAAUAACCUGGAAAAAGAGCCACAUGAGGUCUGUGGAACACUGUUUUCAUAUGUGCGACAGAGUGGUUAUCUAUUUCUUCAUUGCUGCCUCCUACACACCUUGGUUGAACCUGCGUGAACUAGGCCCUCUAGCAGCACACAUGCGAUGGUUUGUGUGGCUCAUGGCUGCUGCUGGGACAAUAUAUGUCUUUAACUAUCAUGAAAAGUAUAAACUUGUUGAGCUGGCCUUCUAUUUAACGAUGGGAUUUUUUCCCGCAUCAGUCGUGACCUCAAUGAGCAACACAGAGGGACUUCACGAGCUGGCCUGUGGAGGACUCAUCUACUGCCUCGGUGUAUUCUUCUUCAAGAGCGACGGUGUCAUCCCCUUCGCCCACGCCAUCUGGCACGUGUUCGUGGCGCUGGCUGCGGCUGUGCACUACUACGCCAUCUGGAAAUACCUCUACAAGGCUCCCAGCGCCGACACCCUCCUCGACUCGUGACCAAGACCGGAGCCGCCGGUCCGCCUUUCCCCCCUGAAAGGCGCCUGCACACUGAGUCCCUCAACAACUGCCCACUGAAGCUGCAGCGACAGCCCUAAAAGUUUACGAAAAUAAUGACCAUGAAUUGUUUACUGUUUUCUAACGUGGAUGAGAACAGAUUUUUCAGUGUCUCCCCAAUGAACAAAAGCUACUUUCAAAGCUGUUUUGUAACCAUAAGAAAACUUUUCACAGUGAGGGAGGGAAUCUUUGACCUUUUACACUUGGUAUUAACCUGGGCACAUUUGUGAGCGUUUGAAUGAGUAUUUGAGAAAUUUGAUAGCAGUCUUUUGUAUUACUUGAAGUGAGUAACAUUCCACGUUUGGGGUCAUUUGAGUGUCAAAACCCAGAAAUUGAUCAGGUUCAGGUGGUGAUUUGAACAGGGAGGGUAUUGAAUGAGGUGCUAAAAAUCAGCUCUCAUCUGUAGCUUUUAUCAUUUGAAGAUUUUCAGAUACUAGUGUUGAUAUAAAAGCUGAAUUUCCAUUCUCUUGUAUUUACCAAAACAAACCAAAGGUCUCAAAUAUCUUCCAAUUAAGCAGCUGUAAAAUAAAUCUGCCAAAGUGAUGUAACUUAAAAUGGCAAAAUUUGGUUUAAAUCAGGAACUAACUCAUCAAAAAACAGGUAAUUUAUUUAUCUAACCACACAUUUGAUGCCAACUUUCAAGACUUUGUACCAAAAAUGUUGCAUUUGAUACUCUUAUCAGGAAUUGAUAUGGAUUUGUGCUCCGCUGGUGUAGUUUAUCUUGGUUAGUAACCAAAAGGCUCUUCAUGGAACUGUUUCUUUCUUCAGUCUUUACACUUUUGCACUUUUUUUUCCCAUUGCAUGCUUUGUUUUUGUACCAAGAUGCAGUCCUCAGUUUUCAGAGACAGUUUCUCCUGUAAGCACUUAGCGCCCCCUGCUGGUCACAGCUGUAGGAAAGGCAACAUUUCACAGUGACAGUGACUGGAGCCAAAUGAUCAGAGAAAAGCAGUUCAGGUGGUGUGCUGAGACAGAUUUUAUUCCACUGUAUUUGUAAUGUGAACUGUGUGCUGUAGAGAGUGUACGUAUGCACAACCUUUGUACUGUAGUCCAGUAUUACAUUUCUACUGAUCUCAGCUCUUGAUUUGCACCUUUAGGAUGAACAGUGUUCCCGAUCUGUUUUCUGAGUCUGAUCGGUGGAAAAACCUCAUGUUCACGUUUUUGUCUCUUGCUGUCAGUUUUGUAAAUCUGCUCAAUUGCUUCUGAUUCGUACAAGAUACCUUUCUGUUGCUUUCCUCUCAGUGAUGUACGGAGCUGAACGAUGCAUAUUUUUUAAUUGUGGCUCUUCUUGAAAUGAUUUCUUUAACCACUCUGUUUUGUAAUGUUUGUACAUUUUGUUUUUUGUUCUGUUGAUUACAUGAUCCUGGCCUUUGCAGGGAAAAAAAACCCAAACGCUUCUUGUCUGUUCCGUUGGCUGUUAAUGGUGCUGCAUAAACAUGAAUGUUCCUCCAUUAUACUAAAUAUCAUCUUUCUGAUGUGACUAUUAAAAAUGAUAAUGCCCCACA